AUGUAUAGCAACGGAUUAUUAGCGACAAUGGAUGUGAACAGGUUGGCUAAAGCUCACGUACGUUUAUGGGAAGGUUUGGGUGACAAAACUGCUUUUGGUAGAUACAUUUGUUUCGACACCAUUCUCUCAAAAGAUGGAGCUGAAAAGCUUGCUAAAGAUAUUGGUGUUCACGUGGAAAAGAUCUGCGGCAGUAACAACGAUUCAGACGCAAACGCAGAAGCUUCUACUCCUAGUUUACAGAUAUCAGAUAAAAAGCUUUUAGAUCUUAUGUCAAGAACUCUAAGAAGUUGCUAUCAUGAAAGUUAG